AUGCAGGACAAGGUCAACGGGGAAACUCAGGAGAAGUCAGUGGGAGAGGUCAGCGAUGAACAUCUUCAGCAGCCACCAGGUAAAGACAAGAAAUCUGUCAGUGUAUUCAUAAAACAAGAAGUUAUUCCACUCAGAAAUCUGCUCUUUUUUGUCUGAACUGAAUUUCACCACAUUCAUAUUCCAGGUGUGCAUCCUGUUGAAUCAGAUUGCUUAAUAAUAAAACAGUUGUGUCACUCGGUGAUGAGUCGCUGCAGGAGGAAUCCUGUGGGCUGAGUGUGAAACAUUUUACCGACAGGGGAUUAAAAUCGUAGUUUGUUCUUUUUACUCUUCAGUCUUUUGGGGAAAAAAAAAAAAUCUGCUAUUUUCCAAGAAACUAAUGAUAUUCAGCGCUGACCUUUCUGUGUUUUUUUUUCAUUCCAGCUGAUGACAGGAAAGCAGUCCGGAGGAGAACCUUCACCAGGUGGAUCAAUGCUUUACUGAGCAACGUAAGUCACAAAUUCACUUGAAUCUUACUCCUUUUAUAUUCAGCAGUAAAAGCAGUCAGCUUAAAGGUUUAUCUGUUUUUUUACUUUCAGUGUGAUCCUCCAGUGGAAGUUCAUGACCUCUUCACAGACAUCCAGGACGGCAGGCUGCUGAUGGCCCUGCUGGAGGAGCUCACCGGAUACAAACUGGUAAGAGUCAUCCUCAAAAUGGAGAAGAGUGAAAAUCAUAACUUCCUCUUAUUUCAGUUUAUUGAGUGAGUGUGUAGAAACCAUUUGACUGCUCUACUAGGCAAACAAGAAGGACCCAGACCAAUAAGAGGUUUAAAAACUAAUAAAAGAACCUUAAAAUCUGCUCUAAAAGACACAGGUAGCUGAUGCAGAGAUUUAUAAGCUGAGUCUUGAACUCUCCAUUUCAUUUUCUCCUCAGCUUUACAGGUUUAGGUCGUCUUCUCACCGAAUCUUCAGACUGAACAAUAUUUCCAAGGCCCUGGCUUUCCUGGACGACAGACAUGUGAGUAUAUAUUUGCUUCAGUCCAGUUAAAUUAUGUAGAUGUGCAUAAAAUUGACAUUCAGAACAUGAAGACAUUUAAAGGAAGAGCAUUUUAGAUGAGAUCUCCUCCCCGUCCUUCAGGUGAAGCUGCUCGGCAUAGACGCCUCUGGCAUUGCUGACGGCGUUCCCUCUGUUGUUCUCAGCCUCAUCUGGAACAUCAUCCUGCAUUUCCAGGCAGGUUUUACCAACAUCAUUUAUCAGUCUAACAUUUUCAUCUUUUAUUUCGCUCGCUUGGAUAUUUUUCUGAGUCGCUGACCUUGUAUAAACUCUGCCGCUGUACUCUAAAAACAGGUGAAGGAGGUUACAGGAGGCCCUCAGAGGCAUUUGUCCUCCAGCCUCUCUUCCUUAUCGACGAGCAGUCCUUCCUCUGCGGACUUCACACCCAAACUGAGCGGCUUUAGCAGCCAAUCGUGUAGCAACCUGCAAAGUAAAGGCAGAAAAGCCACCAAGAAGCCAAAGUAUCACGGGAAAGCGAUCAAGACUCUCCUGCAGUGGGUGCAAGGAUGCACCUUAAAGUCAGUGUGAAAAGAUCUAAUCCUUUAAAAAGUCAAACAAAUACAUCAGAUGUGUGAAGGUCGGGUUUUAAUGUGUGAUUUCAGGUUCGGGGUGGAGGUGCAUGACUUUGGGAAGAGCUGGAGGAGUGGGCUGGCCUUCCUCGCGAUGGUUAAGUCGAUAGACCCCGCCUUGGUCGACCUGAAGGAGAGCCUGACGAGAGAGCCGAGAGAAAAUAUUCACUUGGCGUUCAGUAUCGCCCAUCACAGUUUGGAUAUACCGCCUGUGCUGGAGCCUGAUGGUAAACACAGACUUGAGAAACAACUAAGUCCUCAAGUAGAAGGACUUCCUCAUGUUGUCUCAAUCUUCCUUCUACAGACGUGUUGUGUUCCUCACCUGAUGAAAAGUCCAUCAUCACUUAUGUCUCCAUGUUCCUGGUGCACUGUGCAGGUGAAGAAGAGGUUAGUAUGGCUUAUACUGUUAUUCUAACUUUUCCAGGAACAUUGGUCCCACCUCAAAAGUUCUCUUCUCCUCGGGUCAACCAAGAGCCGACUCAGUAUGUCUUAUCUUGUAACUGCAUUUUCCAAAUCAUAUGUUCCAGGCUCGUAAAAGAGAUUCUGAUGUUCCCGGGAUCCCAAAUUUCGGAUCACUUGAGUCAGUCACGUUUGGAGACAUCCACGCCGAUGACCCAGAAGCUAAAGCCUUGCUCAGAGGCUUUGAGAGGAGCAGCGAACACCGACUGUGGAGACGCUGGGCGAGUAGAGGAAGUACCCGGUCCACCUCGCUUCAGUUAGGCGGAGCAGUUCCUCCUGAAUUCUCCUCCAGCUGUGGGGACAUCUUUUCAUCCUGUCAGAGCCGAAGCAUCUCUGAACAGCAAGCAGGCGGUCCUACGUUCGUCAGAAAGAGAAGCAAAUGUCAGAGUGGGUUUAAACCACCCAGUCCUCUGGAUGCUGGCAUAGCGAGCCCGGAGAUCUGCUCAUGGAUGGAGAGAGCUUCUACAGGUCAGAGUUACAGCAAACCAAGAGUGGAUGAAAGUCGCUUUUCUUUGAGCUCAGAGGAAGGGAUCUACAGCUUAUCAACGCUGGACUCAGAUGAAGAAGAGGCCUACAACUACAUCCUGGACCUGAAUAAAGAGGAUUCCCAGAAUUAUAACCAGCUGAAAAGGAAAGUGCCAAGGGUGGAAGAGGAAACUGCCGAGGAAAUCCUGAAUGGAGAGACAAAUCAAAUGGAAGCAAGAAAGAUAGGAAAUGGAUUUAAACACCAGGAAGGUCCUCCGGAACAAAGCGAUGAGUUGGAGGUAAGAGCUCAAGCAUGUUGUUGUGGUCGAGACAGAAAGGAGAGGAGGUCCACAGAGAAGGUGAACAACAGUGAAGGGUUUGACAAGGAGCCAGAGGACAGAGGGGAACAUGAAGAAGACAGAGAUAUCAGAGGAAAAAGGAAUAAAGAUGAAGAUUAUGAGAAAGAGAGCGAGGAGAAGACACUGGAGAUGGAAAGAGGACCUUAUGAGAAAUCUGGACAAGUGGAUUCAAAGACAGAUGUAGACAUGAGAGAAGAAGAAGAAGAUGAUAAUCUGAGGUUAUCUGAGGACAGGCAGCACGGGAAGUUGGGGGCAGAGAAGAAGGAAGAGAAGGAACAUCAGCCUCAUGUUGUGAAUGUAGAAAGUUUCAAAGUCGAAGUAAAUCUAAAAAUCAUCGUUGACGAGUCUCUGCGUGAAAUUAGAGAAACCGGAGCGGUCACAGUGAACACAGAAGACGAGAAAAGCAGCAGAGAAAAUGUCACCGUCAUGGGAGAUUCAACUUCUAAAGAUGAAGAUGAAGUCAUGACUGUCAUGAAUGUUGUUGAGGAUGUAGCAGCAGAUGAGAAGAACGGAGAACUUCGGAUUAAGAGACGAACUCUGGGGACAACAACGCUGGACCAUCCUGAUGGAGCUACCUCCAAAAAUAACAUCAACAGAGGUGUUCAAGUACCUGGAGAUGAAUGUUGUUGGACUGCUGCUGGCUGUGCAACUCCUCAGUCAUCAAGGUGGGUCACAGUAUAGGUCACUAUUUAAGAGGUCUACAUAUACACUCCUGUUUUAGCAGCAUUAUUAUCUGUUAAUGGAAACUUUUAUCAUUUUGCAUCAUAUUUCAAUGUAUUGCAUCAAACCAUACUAAAUUGCAUUAUAUUAUAUUACAAGGUGUAGAUCACAUUGCACCAUUUUAUAUCAUAAUGCACCAUAUCAUAUCAAAUGACAUCAUAAUGCUUGAUAUUAAACUACCACACAAUAAAAAUGAUCAUUAUUAUUUUCAUAUAAUACCAAAAUAUUGUAUUUUUUUUGUCAUAUUUUAUUGCCUUGUAUCAUACCGUAAUGCAUGAUACAUCUUGCAUGAUUAAAAACGGUCAGUAUUUCACUUAUAAUCUAUGCAGCUAUGACUCCAGGUAUUAGUAAUUGCAGUAUAAAGUUUUAAAAUAUUAAAUAAAAUAAAUAAGAUAAAAUAAAAUAAAAUAAAUAUAAAUAUUUGAUAAUAUAAAUAAAUAUAAAAUAUAAAUAUACAAAAUAUUAAAUAUUAAAAUAUAAAUAUAAAAUAAAUAAAUAAAAUAUUUCAUGAUAUAAAAUAAAUAUAAAAUAUAAAAUAAUAAAUAUUAAAAUAAAAAUAUAAAAUAAUAUAAAUAUAAAUAUUUCAUAAAAUAAAUUAAAUAUAAAUAUAAAUAUGAAAUAUGAAAUAUGAAAUAUAAAUAUAUAUUGAAUUUCCCUUCAGGGAAAAUAAUUUUAUUCUUACUCUUAUUCUUAUAAACACAAAGUUUAUCUGCAACUCUGUAGGCACAUUUAUGCAGAGGUGUAGUUUAAUCUACAUAGUUUAAUCUGAUUAAAGGUUUUCUUUUGACUUAAAUAUACACAUUUCUAAUGAGUUUGACAAAUUUAAUGUCAAACUAAUUCAAGUAAUUAAAAUUUAUUUUCUGUAUAUGAUACUGUAUGUCAUUUCUGAACCUCAAACAUAUGUCUUUGCUUAAACCAUAAUGAGGUUAUUGCUGGUGAAUCAAUGGUUAAUUUGUAAAGAGUGUAAAAACCCUUCUUUAAGCCAGCAGGCUCUGACACUCCUCUGUUUUCUUUCCUUCCAAGCAGAGGUGGAGGAUUUAUUCUCCAAUCUUUAGCGGCCCCCGGUGGCGUAACCCCAUUAGAACUGGAAAUGCUCUUGCUGCUGUGGAUCCUGAUCUUCUGUGGCUUCAUCCUGCAGCAGAUCCACCUCUGA